AAUCAAUUCCUGAUUUUAAUCUGGUUAACCCAUUAAUUGCUUGAGUAAAGUUGUUCACGGCAUCGUUUCAGGCUACAACUUAUUAACCAAAGGAAAUCACGACUUUUCGUAUUUAUCGAUCACCCGUUUUCCGAGAGCGCUUUGUGCAGCUGCUUUGAGCUUUCGUCGAUAGGUUAAAGUAGACAAAUUAAAUUUGAACGUAUUCUUCGAUCACUGGUAGUUAGAAUGUCCGAUCCACGACCGGGAGAAAAUGGAGACGGAAACGGUUCCGUGGGCGGAAAAGACGGUGGAAAGUCUGUUCGUGUGUGGUGCGAUGGAUGCUAUGACAUGGUGCACUUUGGACACGCCAAUUCUCUUCGCCAGGCGAAAGAAAUGGGUGAUUACUUGAUUGUCGGUGUGCAUACUGACGAAGAAAUCCGCAAACAUAAGGGCCCUCCCGUUUUCAACGAACAAGAACGCUAUCGUAUGGUACGAGCCAUAAAAUGGGUGGAUGAAGUUGUCGAAGCGGCGCCGUAUGUUACCACAGCGGAGACAUUGAAAAAGUACAACUGCGACUUUUGCGUACACGGUGAUGACAUUACCAUGACUGCUGACGGGAAAGAUACUUAUCAAGAAGUGAAAGACGCAAAAUUAUACAAAGAAUGCAAGCGAACCGCUGGAAUUUCCACCACUGACCUUGUUGGCCGUAUGCUUUUGCUGACACGCGAUCAUUUGAACAACCUUUCCGAUGGACCAUUGUCUCCUCACGAUCUGGGCAAGGUCCAUAGCCCAUACACUGGUGUUUCCCAGUUUCUCCAGACGACCCGUAAAAUUGUUCAGUUUGCUGAAAAUAAAGCACCGAAACCGGGCGAUCGGAUCGUGUACGUGGCCGGAGCUUUCGAUCUGUUCCACAUUGGUCACUUGGACUUUCUGGAGAAGGCCCGAGCUGAGGGAGAUUAUCUGAUUGUUGGCCUGCAUUCAGAUGCAGUGGUCAAUCGAUACAAAGGCGCUAACCAGCCGAUCAUGAAUUUAAACGAGCGCGUACUAAAUGUUUUGGCUUAUCGGUGUGUGGAUGAAGUGGUUAUUGGAGCGCCAUAUGCUGUCACCGCGGAACUGAUGGACCACUUCAAUGUUGGUGUAGUCGUGCAUGGGAUUACUCCCAUCUUCGAAGAUGUGGAUGGAACUGAUCCAUACGCGGAACCGAGGAGACGAGAUAAAUUGCUGAUGAUUGACUCGGGUAAUCCGCUGACAACGGAGGAUAUCAUCAAGCGCAUUUUGAAAAAUCGUGAAGAAUUCUCCGAGAGGAAUAAGAAAAAGGAGAAGAAAGAGAUUGCAGCGUAUGAAGAGUACCGAAAGCGAACAGUCUCUUCUCCGCGUUCACCUCCUGUGAAAUGAUCAGGGAUCAACGAAACGGAGACAUGAACCGCAGAUCGUAGUGAAAUUGUAUCAGUGAUUUCAUGGUCCGUUUUUUGUGGUCACAAUUUGAUACAUACAAGAACAGUCUCACUGUUUUGUUUAGCUUCAAGAAGUAGAAGCCACAAUUAGGAUUCACUUCCAACAAAUCGUUCCUAGUCGAAGCUUUCCUGUGCAUUUUUCAACGUGUUGGUAGUUUAGUACUAAUCGUAUCGUAAGUUGUGACUUCCGGUUCUGGUUUGCAAACAAAUCAUGAUUGUCCCUUUG